AUCGACUCGACUUAAGCGACAGAAAACUACAGAAGAUUUGUCUCAAGAAAUUUAUUCUGACCUACAAGAAGCACCGAAAGCUCUCGCAACUGGCAAGUUGGAAGAUUGGUGGGACGUGAAUGGUGAAGGAUCUGAAAGCAGUGAUGUUUGUUUGGAGGAUAGGAUAAACGAGAUUUAUAAUUUAUAUUUCGAUAACGUUGAGGAAGUUGUGCCAGAGAUUGAUAUUGGGAAACUUGAAGAGAAAGACCGAGAUCAAUUCGAAACUACUCCGUCACCGAACAGGAGUGUUUGGCCGUCGUCUGUUCUUGUUAAGCCACAAGCUCCUCUAGGGUCGACUUGUGUGUUGGAUCUUAGCCUUACAAGAUGGGGUUUGUUGGACGAAGAGGACAGAGGUAUUGCUGUUGCUCGA